AUGGGUUGCCACCACAGGGAUGAGGAUGCCCCGACCCGGCCAACCACAAGGAUCACCUAUCAUUAUCCCAAUGGUGGUUGGACCUUCAACACAGACAGAAAGAAAUGUACCAGUGGUGAUCCUGUCCCUAUUCCUCAUAGGUAUUUUCAGUCUGGUGACUUCGUUAUUGGAGGUAUUACUUCCCAAUUUUCAGUGCCUUUUGCUCAGAAUAACUUCCAUCAGCACCCUAGUCAAUUACAGAUUGAUGAGAACAUUGUACUGACUAAAAACUAUCAGCUCCUUUUGGCCUUGGUAUUUGCUGUGGAGGAGAUCAAUGAAAACCACCAGAUCUUACCCAACAUCACUUUGGGCUUCAACAUCUAUGACAGCUAUUUUAAUGCUCAGCAUACCUAUUAUGCCACACUACAACUUCUUUCCACACACAACAGAUUCAUCCCCAACUACAAGUGUGGUAUCCAGAAUAACCUGAUAUCAGUAAUUGGAGCCCUUUACACGAGAACUUCCCUCGACAUAGCAGAAGUGCUGGGCAUCUACAAAGUUCCACAGUUCAGUUAUGGCUCCACUCCAUGGCUGAAUGAAAAAGCAGAUACCAUUUCCUUCUACAAAAUGGUCCCAAGUGAAGCUUAUGAGUAUAUAGGAAUACUCCAGCUACUUCUGCAUUUCAGUUGGACUUGGGUUGGGGUCCUUACAGCUGGUGGUGACAUUGGAGAACGAUUUGUGCAGGCAAUACUUGAAGUUUUUCCUACCCGGGGCAUCUGCUUCGCCUUCUUAGAAAGAUUCAAGACCCUAUAUUUCAGUAAUCUUCUUGACUUCAUCACUUUGUUUGUGUCAAUAUUUAAUGUUUCCAUGGAAAGCAACGCUAAUGUAGUGAUUGUUUAUGAGGAACAUGUGUUAAAUUUCAGAUUGUUAUUAUAUCUACCAGAAAUGGGAAUGGGAACAAUGGAGCCUAAAGGUAAAGUGUGGAUUAUGAUGACUUCAAUGGUGUUGAUGUCACAGAUUUAUCAAAAAACUUGGGACAUACAAGCCAUCCAUGGUGCUCUGUCCUUCACAGUUCAUUCAAAUGAAGUGCGAGGAUUCCAAGAUUUCCUCCAGACCAGGAGCCACUUUGAGACAAAAGAAGACGGAUUUGUCCAAGACUUCUGGGAACAGGCAUUUGACUGUGUAUUUCCAAAUACAUUUCUUAGCGAAGAGCGGGAGAAAAUCUGUACCGGAGCAGAGAAGCUGGAGAGCCUUUCAGGAUUAUUGUUUGAAAUGAACAUGAUUGGCCAGAGCUAUAACAUUUACAAUGCUGUCUAUGCUGUGGCACAUGCUUUAAAUGCCAUGCAAUCAUGCCAGCACAAACACAGAGCAAGGACUGAUAGGAUGUCAAACCUUCAGAAUCCACAGUCGUGGCAGCUGCACCACUUUCUAAGAACUGUCUCUUUUAACAACAGUGCUGGGGACAAGAUUUCCUUUGACCAGAACGGAGAACUGAUAGAGGGAUUUGAUCUUGUAAACUGGUUCAUUUUCCCCAACCAGUCCUUCCUCAGAGUGAAAGUGGGAAGACUGGAUCCCUGUGCUUCCCAAGAUAACAUGCUCACCAUUCAUGAUGAAUCCAUCACAUGGCACAGAAGUUUUAAUGAGACAAUGCCUUUUUCUAUGUGUACUGAGAGCUGCCAACCUGGUUACAGCAAGAGAAGGCAGGAAGGGAAGCCAUUUUGUUGUUAUGAUUGUAUCCCAUGUCCAGAAGGAAAGAUUUCAAACCAAAACGACAUGGAUGACUGCAUUAAAUGCCCAGAAGAUCAAUAUCCAAACCAGGUCAAGAACUCAUGCCUUCUAAAGCACAGAAGCUUCUUGUCUUAUGAAGACUCCUUGGGGAUCACUUUGGCCAUUUUGGUGCUUUUGUUUUCCUGGCUCACUCUUUUGGUAUUAGGAAGCUUUAUGAAGAACCACAGCACUCCGAUUGUCAAAGCCAACAACCGCAAGCUCACCUACGCUCUCCUCAUCUCCAUCCUGCUCUGCUUCCUUUGUGCCUUGCUAUUCAUCGGGCAGCCUGGGAUGGUGACAUGCCUCGCCCAGCAAAUGACUUUUGGCCUCAUAUUCUCAGUGGCUGUAUCGUGUGUGCUGGCAAAGACUCUCACUGUGGUUCUGGCUUUUACGACCACCAAGCCUGGAUCCAGGAUGAGGAAAUGGGUGGGGAAACCCUUAGCCAGCUGCAUUGUUCUUUCCUGCUCCCUUAUCCAAGUGGGCAUUUGUGCGGUAUGGUUGGGAGUCUCUCCUCCAUUCCCAGAUGUUGACAUGCAUUCAUUGACUGAAGAAAUUAUCUUGGAGUGUAAUGAGGGAUUACCUACCAUGUUUUACUGUGUCCUGGGCUAUAUGGGCUUCCUGGCCAUUAUCAGUUUCAUGGUGGCUUUCCUUGCCAGGAAGUUACCAGACAGUUUUAAUGAAGCCAAGUUUAUCACUUUCAGCAUGUUGGUGUUUUGCAGUGUGUGGUUAUCCUUUGUUCCAACUUACCUGAGUACCAAGGGGAAAUAUAUGGUAGCUGUGGAGAUUUUUUCUAUUUUGGCCUCUAGUGCUGGGCUUCUUGGUUGCAUCUUUUCUCCUAAAUGUUACAUCAUAUUGUUUCGACCUGAGCUGAACAACAAGGAACAGUUGAUAAGGAGAAAGAUCUGA